UUCAGUAGAGGUACAACCGUGUAUUUCUAUCGUUUCCAUAGAAUUAUUAUCAAAAAUGUGUGAAAAACAUCGCUUCGAAACCAAAUCAAUCCACGGUGGUCAAGAAUACGACCAAUGGAGUAAUCAGGAAACUGUUCCGCCAAUUGUGACUUCAGUUACAUACUAUCAAAAAGAUCCCACAAAUAUUUUCGCAGGAUAUUGUUAUGGUCGUGAUGGUAAUCCGACUCGUGAUUCAUUAUCGCGUUGUUUGGCUGCAUUGGACAAUGCUCAAUAUGGUUUGGUAUUUCCAUCCGGAUGUGGUGCAACAACGGCUGUGAUGCAAUUGCUAAAAACCGGCGACCAUAUUUUAUCGUGUUCCGAGACGUACGGUGGUACUCGUACGAUUUUCAUGACGCAAGCAGAAAAUCUCGGAAUCGAAGUUGAUUUUGUUGAUUCAACUGAUGUCAAACUUUUUGAAUCUGCCAUCAAACCAAAUACACGGCUCAUUUGGUUGGAAACGCCGUCGAAUCCGUGCUUGAAAAUUUCCGACAUUUCUGCAAUUGCAAAAUUGGUUCGUUUGCAUAACGAUAUCAUUUUUAUUGUUGACAACACAAUAAUGACGCCAUAUUUUCAACGUCCGAUUGAACUUGGUGCCGAUAUCGUAAUGUAUUCACUAACGAAAUACAUGAACGGUCACAACGAUGUUUUGGCUGGUGCAUUAGUUGUUAAUGACUCGAACAUUUACGAAAAAUUGAAACUGAUUCAGGUCAAAUACGGUUUGACGUGUUCACCGUUUGAUUGUUAUUUGGUAAACCGUGGCAUUAAGACAUUAUCGUUGCGAAUGCAGAAACAUGGUGAGAAUAGUACAGCGAUUGCUCAUUACUUGGAAAAACAUCCAAAAGUUGUGAAAGUUAUACAUCCGGCAUUGAAAUCGCAUCCACAACAUGAAUUGGCGAAGAGACAAAGUUCGGGACAUACUGGCAUGGUUAUAGUUCAAUUAAGCGGAACGAUAAAUGAAGCAACGAAGUUUAUUCAAAAUUUAAAAGUUUUUCUCUCGUCAGACAGUCUUGGAACGUGCACAUCUUUUGCUGUUAUACCUGCAUAUGCAAGUCACAUUGAUGUACCGAAAGAUGUGCGAGAACAAUUGGGUAUUUUCGAUACUACCAUUCGACUUUCGGUUGGCCUGGAAAAUGUUGACGAUCUUAUCGAAGACUUGGAGCAAUCGUUCGAAAAAACAUUCCAAUUGACGGGCUCUCGGUUUGAUUUGAACAUAUGCACACCAGCUAUGGCAAAUACAGAACUUGAUAAAACUUAUUGAAAUCAUGUAAUUUUAAUGAGAUUACUCGCAUCGAUAACUGUUUUAAUUACUCUCUUAAACUCAUUUCAACCA